AUGGCAAGGACGGAGGUCUCGGGCCCUUCCAGGCAAUUCACCAAAAUCAAAGAGCUAGAAUUGGUACCAGAAAAGGCCCAGGAGGAGGAGCAGGAGGGUGUCGUGCGCAGAGCGAAGGAGCCCCCAAACCCCAGGGGAGUGGAGGCCGAGUGCACCUAUGGGGCUCUCCUGACCCAGAUCUCCGAGGGAGAGCAGGAGCUGGUGCCCGCCGCCGUGGAGGACGACGGGAGGCACAUCCUGACCCUCCAGGCGGUGUACCCCACCUUCGAAGACGGGGAGCUGCAGGAGGUCGGCUGUCAGAUGCCACAGCACCAAGAAGGGGGGCCAGGGAUGAUGCCGCAGGCGGGCAGCGCGUUGCCCUCGCUGCUGUGGGUGCGGGAGGGGGCCCGGCAGAGCCUGCACCAGUGCGUGACCAUCAGCAUCCAGGACGAGCUGUACUCGCUGCAGGCGAUGGAGCCCAUGCAGCUCCAGGUCCUGCAGGACAGCGUGGCCCUGGCCCCUGAGGACAGCCCGUGUGCGGAGAGCCCGUCCGAAAGCGCUGAACUGAUUAAGGAGGACCCGCUGCCAGCUGAAGGAGGCGUCCAGCAAGCGCAAGACGAGUUCUUUCUUCUGGAAGCAACGCGGGGACAGGAAGUUGUUCUGGCAGUUUCAAACUUAAACGCGCAAGAAACAGAAGAUCAUCUUGCUUCUAGUCAGCCACCUGUUGAAACAGCCAACUCUCCAAAAACUCAACAGAAGACCAAGGGUAGGCGGCAGGCCUUCCACUGCGACCUGUGCAUGUUCACCACGGCCAGGGCGGCGAGCUUAAACCGCCACGUGAAAACCCACACCAACGAGAGGCCGCACGAGUGUCACCUGUGCCUGAAAGCCUUCCGCACGGUCACCCUCCUGCGGAACCACAUCAACACCCACACAGGAACCAGGCCGCACAAGUGUGGCGACUGUGACAUGGCAUUUGUCACCAGCGGAGAGCUCAUCCGGCACAGACGGUACAGACACACUCACGAGAAGCCGUUUAAGUGUUCCACGUGCAAGUAUGCAAGCGUAGAAGCGAGUAAGUUGAAGCGCCACAUCCGGUCACACACGGGGGAGCGUCCCUAUCAGUGCCACCUCUGCAGCUACGCCAGCAAGGACACCCACAAGCUGAAACGACACAUGAGGACACACUCAGGCGAGAAGCCCUACGAGUGCCACGUGUGCCACGCGCGCUUCACCCAGAGCGGCACCAUGAAAAUACACAUCGUGCAGAAGCACAGCGAGAACGUCCCCAAGUACCAGUGUCCGCACUGCGCCGCGCUCAUCGCCAGGAAGAGUGACCUGCGGGUCCAUAUACGCAACCUGCACACUUACAAAGCCGCAGGGAUGGAGUGCCGCUACUGUCCUGCUGUCUUCCACGACCGCUAUGGCCUCCUUCAGCACCAGAAAACUCAUAGGAGCGAGAAGAAGUUCAAGUGUGAGCAUUGCAGCUACACCUGCAAGCAGGGGCGCCGCAUGGCGCUUCACACCCGGACCCACACUGGAGAGAAGCCCUUCGCCUGCCCAUCCUGCAGCCAGCGCUUCGCAAAGAAGGAACUCCUGAGCGCCCACGUCAGGAAAUGCCACGCCGCCGCCCCGCCGGCCGUGCACGAAUGCCCCAAGUGCCAGAAAGGCUUCUCCCGCUGGGCGAACAUGCGGAGACACGCGGGGAAGUGUGCGGCUGCGGCCCCCGGAGCAGGAGGACGGACCCAGGCGAGGAUGUGGGCGGUCCCGAAGGAGGAAGACGAAUACGAAGCCGCUGCCUGGGAGGCCGAGGAGGCCUCCAUGGUGAGGGGAGACCAGUACCUAGGAGAGAUGACUCCUGUCAACUUCGGGGAGACCACAGCCGGAAGAAAGGACCUGGAUGGAGACCUGACCUGCGAGAUGGUCCUCAGCAUGCUGAACGAGUGAGGCGUUCGGGCCAUUCUCACAGCGCGCCAUCCUCACGCGGGUUAGGAACGCUUAGCGUCCUCUGUGAAACAAUGAAGUUUGUGACACUGGGUAGUCAUAGUUUUUUCCAAAGCUGGAGGCAGUGCCUAGAAUUGUUUGCCUGUUUUUCACUGAAUAUUUACAAAAUUAAAACAGAAAACAUUGCAGGUGUUUUAUAAGAGGCCCACAUCUUGAAUUGAGGGAUAAAAUCCCAAACCCAUGAAUUCAUUCACUAGAUUUUGGCCAAAGUGGCCCACAAUGAAUGAGCAAUGAUUUUUGGACAAUACCUAUUGCUGUCGUAGCACAGACUAUUGAGUGCUUCGGCCAACAGUCAAAGCUGGAAAACUUUAUGUUGAAUUGUACAUG